AUGAAUACGUUAACAUGUCCGAAUAAUGCAAUAACAGCUCUUCCACAAUUUUAUAAUAACAUUGGUACAAGUGAUACUAAUCAUACCGCUAAUUUCGACGGCGAUAGUAAUAGUUAUUCUGCUCAGGCACUUGCUGCCGUUAACAUAACACCUGGAGCAACUAUUCAACAUAAUGGCGUUCACUUUGUGUGGCCAAGCAGUGCUCCGGGUACAAAUAACAAUGUUCAGGCAAAUGGACAAGUGAUUAACACGACUGGUACGACGGGCUGUACUCUAGGAUUCUUGGGUGCUGGUACUAAUGGACCACAAAAUGGAGCCAUUAUGGUUACAUACAAUGACAGUGCUACACAAACAUUUCAAUUAACACUUAAUGAUUGGUUUUUUAAUACGCCCUCAGAUGGGACAGACAUACUAGCGACGACACUUUUGAAUAAAUGCGCUAAUGCAUUUGUAAUUAAUCCAACAAAAACAAUUCAAACAAUUACAUUGCCUGUUCGUGAAAAGCUACAUAUAUUUGCAAUUGGCACAACCUGUCUACCAGGUGGAUUGAAAUGUACGAGUAAUGCAGCAAGUACAGCUCUUUCACAAUUUUAUAAUAACAUCGGUACAAGUGAUACUAAUCAUACGGCUGAUUUCGACGGCACUCAUGACAGUUAUUCUGCUCAGGCACUUGCUGCCGUUAACAUAACACCUGGAGCAACUAUUCAACAUAAUGGCGUUUACUUUGUAUGGCCAAGCAGUGCUCCGGGUACAAAUAACAAUGUUAAGGCAAAUGGACAAGUGAUUAACACGACUGGUUUAAUGGGCUGUACUCUAGGAUUCUUGGGUGCUGGUGCUCCUGGAGAACAAGGUGGAUCCGUUAUUGUUACAUACAAUGACAGUGCUACACAAACAUUUCGAUUAACAUUUAAUGAUUGGUAUAGUAAUAGUCCCGCAAGUGGAACAGACAUACUAGCGACGACAACUUGGAAUACAUGCAGUAAUGGUGUGUGUACUCCGGGCAAUCAUCAAGUUAGCAUUUAUUAUUCAGGAUUUGCAAUUAAUCCAACAAAAACAAUUCAGACAAUUACAUUGCCUGUUAAUACAAAUCUACAUAUAUUUGCAAUUGGCACAACCUGUCUACCAGGUAGCUAG